CUGAAGACAGCUAGUGUUUGAAGAUAAUCGAGAUGGGGCCUCUUUCCCACACAGGCCGAGCUGUCGGCAGUACAGUUGUUCAGCUUGACGGAGGAGACAGCGCUGCUGAGUUUCAAGCAUUUCACAGAGCCAUGGAUUUGAAGCCGCCCUCAGGGGAGCCUAAUUUUGUGGGGAAGAAGGAUGAACUGAUUAAAGCAAAGCGUUCUUUUAGAACAUUAGAAGGUCGGGAUAUACUGAUCAUCUACCACGAAGGAGUCCUCUAUGCUAUGGACUCCUACUGUUAUCAUGCUGGGGGAAAGCUGGAGUUGGGAGACAUUGAGGAAUUUGACGGCAAGCUGUGCAUAGUUUGUCCGAACCACAAGUACAAGAUCUCUCUCGCCAAAGGAGAGUGCAUAUACAAGGCCAGCAACCCCAGGGAAAAGCCACCUGUGCCCAGAUGGUACUCCAAGGGUGUGAAGCAGCGGACCCACACGGUCACCGAAACCGACGGGGAUGUCUUUGUCACGCUCUCUACGGAGACGCGUUUUAUCGAAUCAGACUACUUCCAGGGAGAGAAGGGCAAGGUGGAAAGAGCCAAAGCAGAGGCAUCUGAGAAGGAAGAAUCUUGAUAGUAACAUCUGUACACUCUCCUCCUCUAGUCUCCCCUGAUCUCCUUUAAAUGAUUGCAUGAUGAGAGAAGAUGUCAGACAUGCAGUUUGGUUGUAUUUAGAAUUUAUGAAUAGCAAAGAUUUCAGUGGCGUGCUAGUUAUUUACAUGAUAUUAAGAUGUUUUACCUUACAGAUCACAAGCUGUCAUGUUGUAUAGACAUCUUAAAAUCAUCAUGUACUUCACUGAAUGCACUUUUUUUUAUGGAUUCAUUUGAUUUCUGAUUCUCUGCUCUCAAACUUGGCACACUUCAUGCAUUAAAAUAUCCCUUAUGUAUUAUGCAUAUUGUGAAUAAAUCAAUGAGAUAUAAAUAUAAAAAAA